AUGGAUAGGAAGAUGCUGAUCUUUGUGGUGCAGUAUAUUUACAGCAUUGUGCAUAAAAAUAAUUUCCAAAUUUCCCACGGAAUUGCCACUGAUUCCGUGGGAAGUUUCUCUGGGAAACCCGUGGGAAAUUUCCCACCACGUCUCUGGGAAGAUAUUUCCCACCAGCCAGAUGAAGGUAACAGAAACAAAUCCAAAGAAUCAAAACUAAUUAAGUUUGGCCACUCCUCUCAUGAAGAGAAAAAGGUGGGCAAGGCACAGGAUGAGAAAAAAUCUAGGCCUCGAAGAAUGAGAGAGUUCCACAAUAUCAAGAUUAGUCAGGUUGAGUUACUUGUUACAUAUGAAGGAUCAAGAUUUGCUGUGAGUGAUUUAAGAUUACUGAUGGAUACAUUCCAUCGUGUUGAAUUUACUGGAACCUGGCGGAGGCUAUUCUCAAGAGUUAAGAAACACAUCAUAUGGGGAGUCCUAAAAUCACUAACAGGAAUGCAGUGCAAGAAGUUUAAAGAUAAAGCACAUAAUCAAAGGGAAGCUGGUGCUGCUGGUGUCCCCGAUAUUGAUCUUAAUCUCAGUGAUAGUGAUGGUGGUUCAGCCGGAAAAUCCGAGCAGAACCCUUUAUCCUGGCCUAAGCGCCCCCCUGAGGGUGCAGGUGAUGGUUUUGUCACCUCUAUAAAAGGCCUUUUCAAUUCUCAGCGCAGAAAGGCCAGGGCUUUCGUGCUUCGGACAAUGAGGGGUGAAGCAGAAAAUGAGAUACCUGGUGACUGGAGUGAAAGUGAGGCAGAGUUCUCUCCCUUUGCCAGACAACUAACCAUAACAAAAGCCAAGAAGCUGAUUAGACGGCAUACAAAGAAGUUUCGUUCUAGAGGACCAAAAGGUUUAUCUUCUCAACAAAGAGAAUCACUUCCUUCAUCACCAAGAGAGACCACCCCAUUUGAAAGUGAUUCAUCAAGUGAAUCUUCGCCUUAUGAGGAUUUCCACGAGUAGCUGAACUUGAAGACAUUGAAAGCACGUAUUUUAUGGGAUCCAAAGUGGAUUGGAACCCUCGGUUAUAUGCAACAUUCUGCUAUUAUAGCAAUUCCAAUUGAUUAGGAUUUGCUGAGAUCCUUGUCUCCUGCUUAGACAGUAUGAGAUGCCUACAUGUUGUUCCAAAAUAAGAACAGGCAAGAAUUGCGAGAAUAUGCAGAAGUCUACAAUUAUUAACAUUUCAAUACCUUCUUAGAGCUCUGGAUUCAUCAUGGAAAUAGAGCAAAGGUGAGUCCCUUUAGUUAUUGUCAUUCUUUUCUUCUUUAACCUUGUAUGUAUUUAUAGAUUAUUAUAGCACCCAACACAAACGACAUUAGGACUCGUAAGAGUCCAUAAUUUUUGUAAUCAAUAGUUGCUACAACAUGUAC